AUGGGUUUGAAUAGUCCUUUACCAGUUCGGUUGGAGGAAGAGACUAGAAAAGCGGCCAAGAUAUUGAGGAGUUUCGUCGAUGUAAACAAUAAUGGACUGGACAAAGUGAUUCCCCGUCAUGUAUUAGAAAGAGCAGCUGGAUUCGUCAUUUUCACAGUCAUAAAAGCUGGAUUCGUGUUUUCUGCAAGAGCAGGAAGUGGGAUAGUUAUAGCUAGAUUAGAUGACGGAUCUUGGUCUCCUCCUUCAGCAAUUGGUUUAGGAGGAUUUGGAUUCGGUGGACAAAUGGGUGCAGAGGUGACAGACUUCCUUAUCGUUCUUAAUUCAAGGUCGGCUGUCACAUCUUUCAUGUCUGCUGGAAAUCUAACCUUAGGCGGUAACCUCUCUGUCGCAGUAGGACCUCUGGGUCGAAAUGCCGAAGGAUCAGGAGCAGUCAAUACCAAGGGAAGAUUAGCAGCGAUGUAUUCAUAUUCGAAAACCAAAGGGUUAUUCGGAGGAGUAUCAGUCGAAGGAUCAGUCAUUGUGGAAAGGCAAGAUGCUAAUAGAUUAGCAUACGGUGGAAAUCCAAAUGCGAAGCAAAUCUUAUCAGGAACAUUUGAUCCUCCUGAUUGGGCAGGAGUCCUUAUUGAUCAAUUAAACAAAGCAACAGGUUUACCAGGUGGUCAAAGAUGGAUAAAUAAAGAUGAAGAAGGCGAAGGUGAAGCCGGUGGAAUGGGUUGGUCAUCUCCCAAACACGAUCAAUAUAACGAGCGUGAUAGGGAUAGAGGGUAUGUUUUCGGUCAAGGUGUAGGUGCGAAUGGCAAUACCCCACCACCAGCUAGUAAUAACAAUAACGGAAGAAGAUCAAGGGCUUCAAGUUUAUUCGGUAAUAACAAUAACAACAAUCAGAACCAAAACGGAUCACCACUACCCAACUCAAAUUCCCCUCAAAGACCUACAUCUUCAAGAAAAGGUUCUUCCUUUAAUCCAUUUUCAUCCUCAGGCUCAAAUUCACCACGUAGAAAUCCUUUAGAACACUCUUCUGAAAAUUAUUCUGCUGGUAUAGGAGGAUCAACACCUACAGGAGGUAGAUCAAGGAGUGGUUCAGUAUUGAAAAAUGGUGAAGUGCCACCUCCAUUCUCAUUCAUGAACAGUAACGGUAAAUCGAAUACACCACCGAAUCAAAGUCAAAGAGAUAAAGAUUUACUGGGUGAUUGGGACUCUUCAAUGACCAGCUCGGCUACAAACGAUGCAUAUUCAAGUAUCAACUCGAAUACUCGUACGAAUAGAAAGAUUAGUGGAGGAGAGAAAGACUUAUUAGGUGCAUGGGAAUCCAAUGGGACAGGAUUAUCUGCACAAUUUUCGAAUCUCAGAACAAGUUCGACUUCAAAUUCAAAUUCGAAUUCAGGAAAGACUACAAGAGGUAGAAGUAAUUCUAAACCUACACCAUUCAAUGAUAUAUCAGAACAUCCAAGCUCUUAUGAAGAUCAAAGAGAAUAUGAUUACACACCAAGAGAAACUGAAUCGAAAUUCGCAAAUAUGGAUUGGUCAAGUUAUCCUUCUACAUCCAAUAUCGAUACCAACGGAAAUGGAAAUGGAAAUGGUAAUGGUAACAGAAAUGGAAGUAGUAGUACUUUCGUUAGUAUCGCAUCGGGACGUAAACAGUCUUCUUCUUCACCAACUAAAUCAGGAGGUAAAAAUAACAAAAAUCAAAGACCUGUAUCAAGUUACAUCUCUCCGCCUGCUUCUCUAUUCAAUGACGCGGGAUCAGGAUUUGGUUAUGCGGACAAUACAAGACGAAAAGAUUUUUCACCUUUUGAAGAUUUACCUGUAGGUAGAUUAAGAAGUGAUUCUAAUGAAGAUGGUAGUAAACCAUUUGAAAGCUAUCUACAUCUAUCGAAGAAUCAGCAACAACAACAAGGACAAGGGCAAGGUAGAAAUUCGACAAGUGGAAAUGGGGGAUCACCUAGACCUGACCUAAAACUCAAAGAAGGAUUAAAUACCGAUUUUUUCCAAGGAUAUGCAAGAGCUAUUGGAUUAUUCGAUUUCAACGGAUCCGCUCAAGGUGAUUUAGGUUUUAAAUCGGGUCAAGUGAUUAUCAUCUUGGAUAAAAUAGGUGAUAAUGGUGAUUGGUGGAAAGGUGUAUCACCAACAACAGGUAAAUCAGGUAUAUUCCCUUCUAAUUAUGUUGAAGUGAUAGAAUUACCUAAAAAUCAUAAAGGAGGUGUCAGUCUGAGUGAAUUAAGGAAAAGAGUCGGUGGGAAUGAAUUUGAUCAAUAA